GCAUGAUGACAUUUGAGCACUACUGUUCAGGGACAGCGUUGUGGAUGUCUUACGGUAUGACAGUCGUGUUAUCUCGUUGAAUAGGACACCGUGCAUGUUGGUUGUUAGAAUCAGGAAGUUGAGAGAACUGCAAUGUACGUAUAGCAGAUUCAUGAGCUCUUCCAAUAAUGGGACUGUCUGGUGAGCUUCCCAUUUCGUGUUACCUCCCUUUGAUCGUCGCCGUAGUGUGUUGUACCAGCAAUGGCGUCCAAUCAACACACUGUCCCCGUCCGGUUACCCCAAUUGUCGUGACUAAACUCACCCAGCGGAACCUGAUGAUGGACCCGGCCUCCUACACGCAGCUGUCCAUGUCUCUGCCAGUGAAGUGUGUCUCCGAGGCGUUCGUCCCACUAGACGAUGAGGGUGCCAAAUGUGAAAACGGCCAAUGGGUCCUUCCCAAUACGAAGUGUGUCCGUACGUGGCUCUAUAGGCAGACAUACACACACUACUGUCUCACACCCAAUACGACGUGUGUCCGUACGUGGCUCUAUAGGCUACAUACACACACUACUGUCUCAAUCCAAUACGACGUGUGUCCGUACGUGGCUCUAUUAGCAGACAUACACACACUACUGUCUCAAUCCAAUACGACGUGUGUCCGUACGUGGCUCUAUAAGCAGACACACACAAACUACUGUCUCACACCCAAUACGACGUGUGUCCGUACGUGGCUCUAUAGGCAGACACACACAAACUACUGUCUCACACCCAAUACGACGUGUGUCCGUACGUGGCUCUAUAAGCAGACAUACACACACUACUGUCUCACACCCAAUACGACGUGUGUCCCGCUGAUCUACCGUGAGCGGAAGGUCACCAACACAAUCAUGACUAUCUGUGCGGCUGUGGGGGGAGUGCUAGCCGCCACCUUUAUAAUCGUCAAGGUCAUCUGCUACCGCCGGAGCCGCGGCAAGGGUCAACGGAAGUCUCGUAAGGCGGAUGAUAACAUGGAGAUGACAAGCAAUGGCGGCGUGCCGACAGUGAGCAGGGGCGUGACGUUAGGGAUUGACCGGCGAUCUGCUCACUAUGACGAACCAUCAGCCCUGUCUGGACGUAGCAGCCGCGCCUACAGUCACCACACACAGCCGAAUCACAACCAAGACGUACGAGCUUCCCAAUAUUCAAAUGGAGGCGGUUUUCGCCCGGAUGUCGGGGGUCAUCGGCCUGGGAGCCACGUGAUUUCAGCUUUCUGAUUUUAUCCAAUAAACGGGUUGCAGACUCCUUCAGGUGUUCAACAUGUGGCCCAUCUGCAAAACCAAUAGCCCACCUUGCUGUAAGAUUAAGAAAUCCGUUAUUUUA